CCAUAUGUCCUUCCGCAAAUCCUCAACAUUCGUCUGCCAUUCAUCAUGUCUCGAUUACGCCCAUUGAUACGUAUACCAUGGAGCCAACGGUCACUGCUCCAUUUCAAUCGACGCUAUGCUACCUCCGAAUCCACCCAGCCGGCCGCGGCGUCGUCCCAACAGUCGCUCCCACCUGAUUGGGAAGAUGAACCACCUUCGCUCUCCGAUUUCACCCAGCUACCACACAAGGACUUUGGAAAGAACCAGCUGAUGGAAACCAACGAGGAGUUCAAGCGUAGCUUACGUGGUAUUCUGCGCCAGUUCCCACCCAUUACCUAUGCUUUCGCCUAUGGUUCCGGCGUUUUUCCACAGUCUGAUGCGACAGCCUCGCGCAUCACCCACUCGCCCCAUCCGAACCCUCCCGAGGCGAUAUUAAAAUGGCAAAAGGGAGGGGGCAAGAUGAUUGAUUUUGUUCUGGCUGCCCGUUACUCUUCACAUUUCCAUUCGUUGAAUUUGCGGGAGCACCGAGAUCACUAUUCAUUCCUAGGAAGUCUAGGCUCCGGCGCCGUUAGUCAUGUCCAGAAGUACGGUGCAGGUGUUUACUUCAAUCCAUAUAUUACCGUCAACGGCACCAUGAUCAAGUAUGCUGUGGUCGACAUGAACAUACUGCAGCGCGAUUUACUUGAUUGGGAUACCAUGUACUUGGCCGGUCGACUCCACAAGCCUGUCAAGAUUCUUUUCGAAGAGCCCAACAUCCGCGUCGCAAACCAACGCAACUUGCUAUCCGCCAUACGUUGCUCACUUCUCUUACUUCCCGAAACCUUCACCGAAAAGCAGCUCUAUUCUACAAUCACUGGCCUGAGCUACCAGGGUGACCCACGUAUGACGUACGGAAGUGAAAAUCCUAAGAAGAUUAGCAACAUCGUCAAUCAUCAACUUCGAAACUUCAGGCUAUUGUAUCAUGACUUGAUCAUGUCGCUUCCCAACAUAGAAUACGUAGAUGGCAAAUCUAUCAGCCAUUCGGAUUGGAUGGACGAUACCGAACUCGAUCUCAAGCUGAAACAAGAUCUCGACAUAGAGCGCAGAGCCAAUAUGGUUCGGCGUCUGCCCAAGUCGUUCCGAGAAAAGGUCUAUUUCCAAUUUCAGCGCAAGUUCGCCAUUCCCGGUCGCGAGUUCAAGGAAAUGCUUGAAGCCAGCAAGAAUGAGGAUGAAAAGGGCUACACAAAACCUGUGGGCAGCCACUUUGACCGUCGUAUUGUUGCCGAGAAGGAUCUGCCAGAGCAAGUCACCAGAGCCAUCAAUCAGACCGUCGCUUGGCCGGCUGCCGUUCAAAGCGCCAAGGGUGUUCUCACAGCUGGUCCUUAUCGCGCGUUACGGUACCUGCAGGAGAAACGUGAGAAGGGCAGGAUGAAGUCAUGA